UGCUCGUCUAGUUCGGCCAUCCAAGGCAGCGGGCCAACGACGUCGCUAGAGCAAAAAUUGGUUGCCAUUUGCUAUGUAAUCAAGAAAAGCUGUGUAGUAUUGACUGUGCUUCACAAAAGAAUCAACAUGUUCGCACUCACGCAACGCUUCAUACCUCGUUGGCUGUUCGGGUACGGCCAAAAUGUGUCCAACUUGGACCGCUUUUUCGCCUACCUGGGCAUGGUCUACUUUUGGGCCUUCUGGAGUUUCUACGCUCAGUUUCCCGGACUCUAUGGCGAUGACGGGAUCACCCCAGUACGCGAAUACAUAGACGAUAUGUCACCUGCCGCACGUCAGAACCCACUGAAGUUCGCUUUUUUCCCAGUGUCCUGGUUGCCAGCUGCAACCACGACGACCAAUGUGGUGGCCGACGUGGGAAGGACGGUGGUGGAGAAGGUCGGAGUCGGAGGAGGACGAAAGACCACUGGUGUGGUGAAAACUACAACAGCAUAUUCAUCCAAGGCCCUCGAAAAACAAUUUUUAUCACAGGAUGGGCUAGAACUCUUCGGUGGACUAGGAAAGAUCACAGUAGUCGACGCAGCGGAAUUAGUAGGUUUUGUGGGGAUGUUUUUGUCCCUGCUUCUCUGGCUGUAUCCGAAAUGGCGUGUGUUGCGCACAGUCUGCGUAAUAGGAUGCUGGCAGUGCUAUUUGGCGGCGUUUAGUGUUGGUAAUUACAUUUCGCUGCCUUCGUGCUUCUGAAAAAAAUGGACGUUAGAAAUAUCCAUCCUCAGGGAACGAACCUCAAGUAGAAUUCAUUUGUGCAUCAGUAUCCACAACACAAAUUCACAAUGCCACAACACAAAUUCACUCUUCUCAUGUCAAUCGUCACAACACAAACUUCUAUAGCCUCACAUAUUCGCAGGUCAAUUCUUCAUGGGGUUCCAAUGGGACAUUUUGCUCCUCGAAGUCGGCUUUCUCGCAACUUUUUAUCUCUUUUCCAGCAACAAAGAGUAUCAUGCCUGUGUCGACUGGCUGUUUCGGGCGCUUUUCGUGAAGCUCAUGUUCAUGACGGGCAUCGUGAAACAGACGUCUGGCUGUCCUACUUGGGGCAACCUAACGGCGCUGGAGUACCACUAUUCAUCGCAGUGCAUCCCGACAGAGCUGGCGUGGUUCUUCCAUCAAUUGUUAUGGUUAAUAUUGCACACGCGGUGAGAGAGAGAUCAUUUUGGUUUCUUUUUGCAGAGUAAAUCUUUCUGAGUGCGUGGGCUCCCGCUAAUCCUUCACGAAACAAAAGAUAAAGAAGAACGAAAGCUCGCGUUUGUUCUCAAAACUCAACACUUUUCACCUGUUCUAACUCUCCAUCCGCUCGUAAAUCGCAUCGGCGUAGCGGUGAUGUUCUGCGCGCAGCUAGCCCCCGGGAUCCUGCUGAUUUUCAUCCCAUACCUUCGAAAAUACGCAGCCGCACUGCAUUUGAUGCUCCAGGUGCUGAUAUUUGCAACUGGGAAUUACAACUGGUUCAACGUUCUGUCCGCGAUCUUGCUCUGGCCAUGUCUGGGGUCCCAUAGUGGAGAUUCGAGUAGUUCUGACGGAGAGAGCAGUAGUACUUUUGGAUUUCUAUCUUCCACGUCUGGAGGGACUUCCUCUGCGACCAAGAACAGUGGCCCAGCAUAUAAGCAAGCGGCAGCAGCGAUUAGAAGCACAUCUUCUGGCACUGGCUCAUCUUCUGCCAUGAUGAGUGCGGGUGCGGCAUCAAAACGAGGAGCCUCCAGUUUGCUUCGCGACCUCCUAAGUCCUAGAAAACUUGUGAGAGACGCAGUUUUUCUAGGGCUGACAAUGUCGCUUUUCGUCCUUUGCACCGCUUUGCUGUUUUUCUUCGAUAACGAGAUCGAAGUACGGUCUUCGAAGUUCGACGAUUUUGUCACGCCAAAGACGCAGAAGCACAUCGUCACCAGCGUAUCAAAACUCGUGGCACCUAUUGUUAAGGCAACAAUUUUUAUAAGGUUUUUUUUAUAUGCAACUCAUAAUUCUGUGUUAUCAUGAAAUUUACAGACCGAGGACUGCAGCACACGGUACUAUCUCUUCCUUGAUAGAUCAAAGCAGCUGUAGAUGUACGGAAAACACACUCGUCUAAUCUCACGGAUAACACAAGUCCGAUGGACACGAUUCUAGUGCGGUUGUCGGAUUUUGUUACAGAAAGUGUGGGGGCCCGUGGUUUCGUUUGGAGUUUGUUUCAUGGGGACCACCUAGCAGUGCGCAGCAACAUAGCAGAGAGCCAAGUGCGCGAGUACAUGCAUUGGUACACGCUGUAUUAUGAUGCAGAUGUAAGUACCACCUGAAAGUACCUAGUUCAGCAGUAGUGCCCGUUAGAUUUUCAUUCUUAUAGUAGCUGCGUCUGCGGCAAUUCACUCUUAAUAUCCUUAAAUAGAAUUGCCGCGUUCUAUGUAUCAAUGUUAUUGUUCACGACUCCAUUCCCUCUGCUUCUCUCUAACUGCCUGGCCUCUGCAUCGUCCAAGGGCUUUUCCUCUUGUCUUGUCUAGCGUACUGUUUUGGCGAACUAACAGGAUGUGGCAUAGGCGGUGGCUCAAAGUCUGGAACGGAUAGUAACAAAGUACGGGCAAUCGAGGACCAUCAGGGAGGUGAGAGGGCUGAUGACGCGGGGGUGGGUAUGGAUCAUGGAAUGCCUUCAUCUAGGUCAGCAUCAAAUGCAAGUGGACUAUCUUCAUCGGGACCGAAUGAGCUCCGCUCUCGACAGAUGCAGCGUGCUCAAUCCAAUAGGGUGUCGACACCGGCUAAAGGAGGUAGGAUGCGAACUUUUUCGAAGUCGAACAUUUACGGCGACGAGUGCGUUUCAGCUGGGACAAGGAAAAGGAACGUCUUUUUCCCGACUCUCUCGCCUACGUCCUCGUCUAGUCUACAAAUUUAAGAGUCUAGACUGAUUUAUACUAAUCAGAUCAUUGAAAAGAAGUAGAGUCCCCGAAAGUACGCGAACAGUAAGACUUUAGAGUGAUUCACACUCAUUGCCAUUAAGAUCGUGACUGAUUGUACUAAGAUUAACUACGGACUCAAACUCAUAUGAAUGCUGUAACUACUUGGGAUUACUAGAUAAGGACGAAGUAAUUGUUGACGCUGUAGCUUAGUGCUACAGAAAAGUGGCAUUGGUGUAGACAGUAACCGUAGAAUCCAUCAAGAACACAGAACAUCGAAAUUCAAACACAACUUUUUCUACGGUCCUCUUUCAGCCUCCCCUUUCAUUCUCCUCUCUGCCGCAUCUUCGUCUAUUUCCCUCUGGCGCUCGUACGGUGCGCAGUCCUCUUCGUGGUUCUGGGCUUAGGCUUUUUGCCAUGGGGGGCGAUGGGACCGACCAACUUUCUGUUGCAGAGAGAAAUCAUGCAGCACGUGUACCAACGUAUACCUCCAAGUUGGCACGUAUCGAAUAGUUACGGGCUUUUUCGGCGAAUGACAGGUGUAGGUCCAAAAGAUAUGAGCAAGGGCUUUGCGGGACUAGACCACACACCGACGCCGAGCGUGCCAGCACUGAUUUUCGAAGGUACUGCUUAUACUUGAUGGGAUUUUUUUAGGCUAAGAUGUUGACAGCACUUUCAGUGAAUGUCAGAACCGCGUGUAUAGAUCACGCCUAGCAUACACAACAUCUCUUGCUAGGAUACACAACAAACUAAUGGUUGUUCCUUAAUGAUCAAACUCAAAAAAUUGAAAUUACAACAUGUUUUUGUUUCGUUCAAAAUGAACCUCCAAACGCAUCACCACAUUCCACAACAGGUUUCACUCCCCUCAGCGAAGGGAGCAGCAGCGGGACAUGGAAGGAGAUCGAGUUUCCUUAUGCACCAGGGCCAGUGAAGAAGCGGCCAGCAAGAGUCGCACCAUAUCAGCCUCGUGUAGACUGGCAGCUAUGGUUCGGCGCCUUAUCUCCGCAGUAUCAAGGUCAGGAAUGGAUCGUGCGCCUAACCUACAUUUUGACACGUGGGUUCGGGGAUGGUGCAGUGAAGGAACUACUCUUAAGAUUUUUUUUUUUCCAUAGAACUACAUGCUACCUCCCAUUCAACAUAAGAACUACAUCUACCCAGUCAUGGGGUACGUACAGUUAUGGGAAAGGGUUAAUUUUUCUCGUUUUUGUCCAUGCAUGGUGGUACCCUUAAGAAGGGUUUUUUCCAUAGAACUACAUGCUACCUCCCAUUCAACUAAGCAACCGGUUAAUUUUUCUCGUUUUUGUCCAUGCAUGGUACCCUUAAGAAGGGUUGUUGACGAUCGUGGUGCUUGAUGAACUUGAAGCAUUGAAGCAUUGAAAUAUGGAAGCAUUGAAAUAUUGAAGUAUUGUUGUACUUGUUCUAUGUGGGCAUCUUGAAUGAGGAGGAUACUCAAAUAUGGUUUUUGCAAGUGUUCGAAGGUAGCAGGACGACUACUACAACGUUGAUAAUGGUUGUGAUUAGAAUUUCUAAUAUCCGACUUGGAAGAUGAUUCGACGUUCAAGCAGAUUCGCGUCUCGCGAUAUCUCUACGAUUUCACCCGCUAUCCUGGUCCACCGUGGCAUCCAAGGACUACUAGGGAGAUGAGCCGGUUGACGCCUGCCAAGCAGGAACACUGGUGGGCACGAGAGAAAGCUGGAGAAUGGAUGCCUGCAGUCGGCGCUUCGAAUAUGGGCCCAUUGGCCAAGCACUAUGCGUGGUUGAAGAACGACGGAACAAGCAAGAGUGGAAAGAAGAAGAACUUUAUGAAGAUUUUUUUUGUCUCCUUUUUUUUUCCAGCUAUCUUUCCUAUGCAUCCUAAUUAAGUCUUUAGCAAAUACCUCGUGCUAGGUAAAUGAAUGAAUGAACUUAUUGUUUUUUUUUAUGUAAUCUUGAUUCCUAGUUAGACGAGCUCCACCGAUAUGAUAAUAUGAUAAUCACCUGAGCUGAGCUCUUGUUGUUUGAAUGCUUGUUGUCUAAGGAGUAACUUCUCCUAGUCGCUGGAGUUAAGAAGUAGUACAAGAUCCACUCAGGUUGUUACAAGAUCAAACACCUGUUAUAUCGAAGAAGCACCCCGAACAGUAAUCAUUUCCUUGAAUGGUUCCGGUAUUUGGUAACCUGAAUUUGAUCAUAAGGAAAAAACAAGAAGAGAACCCUUAGGAUCAAAUUCAGGUUACCAAAUACCAGCCAUACAUUCCUCACCAUGGAUGGUUGGACCAUUUUACUUAUUUCUCCUAGUCGCUGCAGUUAUCUACUUGGAUGGUUGGACCAUAAUUCUACUUCUAAAGCACCCUCCUCCGGAGGACGCGUGGAACGCGUGAGUGACCGACUGGAACUUUUGCGGGAUGCGGUCGUCAGGAAACCUCGCCAAUGGUUCAAAGAACAUCUCCCUUUCCUGGAUGCAAACUUCCUUCUAACCGUAGUCCCACCUGUUUUGUUAGCAUUAUUGGUGGGUAGUAGUUGAAGGUCCUGAAUUAUUAUUAUUAUGCAUUUUUUUUGUUUCCUAGGUCCUGACCAUGUUGGGGAGGUGUUUGUGUAGUGGAUUGUACUGUAAGUCGAAGUGAAGGGUCUGGGAAGUGAAUGGAGGUCAUUGAGAUUUUUAUUUCUGCCGCAAGGAUUUAAAUACUAGCAUUUCAAUGCAUAUGUGUAUGUCAUUUCAAAGCAUGAGGAGGUGGAAACUCCUACAGGAGAGCUUCAUAUUAUUGAAGCGCGCAUUCGUGCAGGUGCAUUUGCUGUAAUGACUUCCUUCAAAUUUUUAGAAAGGUUCUAAGGUCUAAAGUCUAAGCUUGUAGUUGUACGUACCUCCUACGGCUGCAUACAAGUCAUCAACCAAAGAGUAAACAUGUACAUUCGACAUUGUGCAAAUUGAAUUUUGGUCAAUGAAAUCAAACUCAUAUUCGAUGGGGGUCCUGAGAAACACACAU